AUGGAUAGCAAUGAAGCAGUCUUCAACAAUAUUGUCAAUGUUAUUCCAGGAAAACAAAUGCCUGGGAAUGAUAUUGACGUUUACUUGCAGCCUUUGAUCAAAGAACUGAAAGAGUUAUGGGAUGAUGGUGUUCAAGCAUUUGAUGCUUCAACAAAGGAGAUGUUCUGUUUGCGUGCAGCUUUGAUGUGGACUUUGAGUGAUUUCCCAGGAUUAGGAAAUUUGUCAGGCUGGAAUAUUCACACGGGUUUAGCAUGUCCUUCUUGUAACUACGAUGCAGCUGAAUUGUUUACAACAUGGACAAAAGUAUUGUUUCAUGGGUCAUAG